AUGGGUGGAAAAGAAUCAAAAAAAGCACGAACAUCUACAGAACUUACUGCGAAAGAAAUCGAUAUGCUUAAAGCUAAUACUAAAUAUACCGAAAAGGAAAUCCGAGAAUGGCAUGCUGGCUUUUUACGUGAUUGUCCAACUGGUAAACUUGAUAAAAAGAAAUUUGUCGAUGUUUACAAGCAAUUCUAUCCACAAGGCAAAGCCGAUUCUUUCUGCAAGUAUGCAUUUACUACGUUUGAUGCCAAUAAUGAUGGUACAAUUGAUUUCGACGAAUUCCUUUUGGCUAUUGCGGCAACAAGUCAAGGUGAUAUAAAUGAUCGACUUGAAGUUGCAUUUGAAAUGUACGAUGUUUCGGGUGAUGGUCAAAUCGAUCAGAAAGAAUUAGCUAAUCUAAUCUCAGCUAUGUAUGACCUUGUUGGUGAAGUUGAUCGUAAAGGUGAUCGUGAACCAAAGAAGCGUGCAGCUGAAAUUAUUGCUAAACUUGAUGUAGGCGGUGAUAAGAAGUUAAACAAACAAGAAUUCAUUGCUGGAUGUAAAAAUGAUGCAGUUAUCCGUCGCAUGCUUGCACCAAAUGUCUAG